GUGAGAGGAAACCAAAGUGAGAGGAGACACAAAGUGGGAGCCACAGACGAAGAAGGAGUAAGCGAGAGAGGUUGAGAGUUUUGUUUUUGCAGGGGAUCUCUGCUUGACCUCCUCCAAGAUGUUUAAGAAGAAGGAGAACAAAGAUGGCACGCUCAAGGUCUCGGGCAAGAUCAGCAAGUCCCAAGCCAGCAACUUGGCCUUGCUGAUCGCUCAGAUGCAAAAGAAUGCCGACCAGGUGGAGAAAGACAUCCUCCGAGCCGAGCAGCUGCUCGCUGUGGAUGCUGAAAAUGAGAAGAAAGAGCUGCCCUUUGAGCAUCAGAAUGAGGUCUCAGAUAAGCUGGGUGAUGCCGAGGGCCUGCUGAAAGACCUCUUCUUGGAUGUCGACAAAGCCAAGAAGCUCAAACACCCGCAAGGCAGAGAAAUAGAGAGCGACGUCAUCCUCCUUCACGAGCGCUGGCUGAAGGACUGCGCCUUCUACAGAGACAUCUACGAGCAGAUUGACGACGUGUCGCUGAUGCCCAGGAUUGACUGGGGGCCUGUUUUGAAUAAUAAGCAAAAACAGGUGAAUGCGGAGGAGUACGGCCCCACCAUGGCAGAUCUGGAGAAGCAGAUCGCCGCCCACAACAUCCUACACAAAGAGAUCGAGGCCUACAACUCGCAACUCUGCGUCAGCUCUGCCGGCAGCAAGGAGAACUACACAGCCCUGAAGAAACAGUACAAUAAUCUGCUGGACAACUCCAAGUGGCGUCGCCACUACCUGAACAGCCUGUAUGAAUACAUGCAGGGCAGCAACAAGGAACUGGCUUUCCUGGGAGAAGAACAGGGCAAGAUCACGAAGCAAGACUGGAGCGACCGCAUGGUGGAUCCACCUGACGUCCGCCGGCAGUAUGAGAAUUUCAAGAACAACAGUCUUCUGUCCCACGAGGGCGAAGUGAACAAAAUCCAGGAUGAAGGAGACAGACUUAUCGAACUGAAGCAUCCAGCUGCUAACACAAUACAGGCUCAGAGGGACGGUGUACGUAACGAGUGGCAGAAAUUCCUCAACCUCUGCAUUUGCCAAGAGACACAUCUGGACAAUGUGGAGGAAUUUAAAAAGUACCAAAUGGACACAGAGCAGCUGUCAGAGACGCUGACCAAACUCAACAACAGCCUCGACCCCAAGUCCAUCAGCAAGAAGAGCAACUCAGAGACGCUGCUGCAGCUCGAGGGGGAGGAGAAGGCUGUCGAAAACUCUGAGCAGCUGCUGGCCGACCUGAGGAGACGCAGCACCACCAUCGCUCCUCUGAAGCUGCGACGCGUCAACCCCAACAGACCCAUCACAGUGGAGUCGCUGUGUGACUGGGAAACAGACGAGGAUUCUCUGAAACGAGGAGAGAAGUUCACCCUGAAAUCAAACUCAGACAUUGAGAACUGGGACGUCGUCUCCACUGACGGGGCAACUAAGACCUUCCCGGGAGUUUGUUUCCAGAUCCCACCACCUGACCCAGACGCCAUUGACAAAGUGGAUCUUUUGGGCAGUGAGCUGGCUGACAUCAAGAAGAAAAGAGCAGCACUGGCAGCAUCGCUGAAGAAUCACAAAUCAGACGUCUCCAGAGCCCAAAAGUCAGCUCCAGUUUCUUCUGGCCCAGUGGACCCCAAAGUCACCGCUCUGUCCCAGCAGCUGGACAAGCUGGACGAUGACCUGGUCAACGCUGAGGAGAGCAUGCUGAGCCGCCUGCGAGCUCCGCUGAGCCGCAGCGAUCCGGCCGGAGAUCUGGCCAAGAGGCUGAAGGAGCAGGAGGAAGCUGCCAAGGCCCUGAAGGCUCUGGAGCAGCAGAGGCAGGCAGCGCAGGCCGACCUGCAGCCGCUCCUGUCUAAAGAUCCCAGCGGUACUUCCUCCGCACUGCCACUCAAACUCAGCGCUGCCAACAACAAGUACGACGGCAUCGCUGCACUUGCUGAUCUCUACAAUAAGAAAGCAAAUGCGUCUCUCAACCUGGAGAGUCAGAUUAAGAAGGCGGAUGGUCUUGUCUCUGGGUUUGAGAAAAAGCUGAGUGAAGACAGUCCCAUUUCUGACAGCCCAAAUGCUAUUCAAGCCCGCGCUGAUGACAUUCAGAACCAGCGAAAGGCCGUGGCGGCAGGUCAGGACGACAUGAAGAAGCUGAGCCAGGAUCUGGAGACGACCGAGCAGCUGUGCAGCUCUCUGCAGCAGGGCUACCAGGAGUACUGCCCCGACAUCCAGCGCCAGAAAACAGAGGUCAAGCAGCUGCAGAACCGUUACACAAACGUUGCCAACCAGCUGAAGGAGAGAGAAAACAUCUUACAAGAGUCUGCAGCCAAGAACCAGGAGUUCCAGAGCGCGAACAAAUCCCUGAACUCCUUCCUGAACAAUCUGCCGACAAACCAGAUAAACCCCAACGACGAUGUGUCUCAGAUCGCUGCUAAGCAGAGCUCUCAAGAGAGGGUGGUGGAUGACCUGAAGCGGAAGCAGGAUGACAUUGACAGAAUGGCUGACCUGUCGCAAGACCUGCAGAAUCUACUCAAUGAGUACGAGACCAACGUCGACAAAUACAACAGCACACUGGAGGAUGCUGGAGCCACUGUUCCAAAGAAACCUCGUGUGCUCACACUUUCUGAUACGGUUCAGAAAGAGGAAAAAGAUUUGGUGAACCGUUACGCUGAAGCAACAGCAGAAAACACCCAACGCCAAAAACAGAUGGGCUUGGCUAAGAAUCUCCUUUCCCAGAAUGAAGAGAAAGUUCAGAUGGUGGCACAGCAGCAAGUGCAGCUUGAAAGCCAGCAGAGGAGUGCUUUUGAGAUAGAUAGUCUGAUGAAAGAGUUGGAUGAUGAGAAGGACAGGACAGCUCAUACUGAGACAGACCUGAGAACCUUCAAAGAGAGGAUGCUGUCACUGAAGAGUCGCAGAGGAGUGGAGAGGGUUGAGGAGAAAGAAGUGCUGCAAUACUACCGUGACCCAAAACUGGAAAGUGAUUUGGCUGAUCUGCAGAGCAAACUGCAUGAAGAGUCCCUGAAGCGUAGCACCACCCAGAGUGAGGUUGAGCUAAUAAACAGCAAACUCACCAUCCUGGCGGACACCCUCAAAAACACCCCACCAAAACUGGUGACUAGAGAGGUGACAGAGUUUGAGAAAGAUCCCCAGCUGGAUGUAGAGGCUGCUAAGCUGAGAGAUGAAAUAUCAAGGAUGCGAGAUGAAGUUCGAGUGAAAGAUGGGGAGCAGAUUCAGAUGAAGACAGAAGUCACAAUUCUCCAGCAGAAGAAACAACCCAUCAAAGAGAGGGUGGUUAAGAAGGAAGUGAUCAAAGUGGAAAAAAACCCAGAGAUGCUGAGAGCAGUGCGAUCAUUUGAGACAGAAAUUUCUGAAGAGAACAACAAGACCAAGCUCAUAAAUGAUGAAAUCUUCCAAACAAGAAGUCAGAUUAAUGCACUUGAGAGGUUGAUUCCCAACAUCCAGCCAAAGCUCAUCACGAAAGAGGUCAAAAAGAUUGAACAAGACCCCGACCUUGUCAGCGAAUUAAAGAAGAUUCAAACAAACCUGGAGGAGGAGAAGAUUGAAAACAACUCUUUGUCCAAAGAAGUGAUGGUGCUCCACAACCGCUACAGAGAAGUUCAGGACUGGAAACCAAGAGUCGAGGUGAAGGAAAUUGUUAAUGAGAUCUACCGGGUUGACCCCAACACAGAGGUGGAGAUAGUGCGGAUCCGCAAAGACAUACAAGACUGCAACAAGCAGCGCUCUGAUCUUGACAGGGAGAUCACCAAUGUCACGACUGACGUGAAUAUCGUUCGUUCUGAGAAGCCCAAAGUGGAACUGAAGGAAGUUCUCCAAGAGGUGGUUAAAGAGGAAAGAAGUCCUGAAAAUGAGAGAGAGAUUCAGAGGCUAAAUGAUCAGGUCAACCAUCUGCACACCACUUACAACUCCCUCCAGGAGCAGGUGAGAACGCUCAGGAGAGACAGAGAUGAAUGGAAAGCUGAAAAGUCCAAAGUAGAGACCAAACUGGUCACCAGAGAAGUCAUUAAGUAUGAGUCUGACCCACUACUGGAGAAGGAAGCCGACCGCCUGAGAAAGGAUGUGCGGGAAGAGGCACAGCUGCGACGCUCCAUUGAAGAGAUGGUGUUUGACCUGCAAAACAAAUACAUCCUGUUGGAGAGGCAGAAACCAGAGGAGAAAGUGGUUGUGCAGGAGGUUGUACGCCUACAGAGGGAUCCACGGCAAGUAGUCGACCACGAAAGGCUCAGCAGGAGCUUGGAUGAUGAAGUGAAGACCCGGCGUCAGAUCGAGCUAGAGUUACAGCAGUUAAGAACAAAGGUGGAAGACAAAGAGAGGACCCUCAGAGAGAGCGACGAGCGCCAGAAGAGGAUUCAAGCUGAGUCUGAGCUCAGAGAGAUCCGACUGCGCAUCAAACAGCUGGAAAAUGCCCCUCCUCCUGUUGAGGAAAGUAUAGUUGUGGAGGAAGUACUGAAGGUUGAGAGAGACCCCAAACUGGAGAGGAUGACAAGCGGUUUGCGGUCAGACAUGGACAAGGAAACCAGCGACAUGAUGCGUCUUGAGAGAGAAAUCCGUAACAUCACUGUAAAGCUUGAGAUCCUGCAGAAAGAGAAGUCUGGUGAAAGGACGGUGUACAAAGAGGUCGUCCGUGUUGAGAAAGACCAGGCUGUUGAAGCUGAGAGGGAUCGCCUGAGGGAACAGGUGUCUCAGAGUAAAUUUGCCCGACAGGACCUGGAGGAUGAAAUCAGACGUCUCAAUGAUAAAAUCAACCAUCUGAUGAGCUCCAAAUCCAGCACUUCAAGAGAGGAGACAACCCUCACUUUGAACAGAGGUGCCUUACAGAGGGAGAAGGACGACCUCGCACAAGAACUUAGAAUGCUGGAGAGCAAGAAACACGACAUCAGCCUUUCCUUCCAGCAGCAGACUCGACUAAUUAGUGAAAGAACGCAGACGAGCAGGCAGAGGAGCCUUAAGAUUGGGUCUGACAUCGUGAGACUGGAGAGAGAGAUCCUGGAUGAAAAAGACAAGAUCCAUAUGCAAGACAGUACCAUCCGUGAGCUUCUGCAAAACCUGCAGAAAGAGGAGAAUGCAGAGACGAGGACCAAAGAGACCAACGUCUCCACCAAAAUCACCAUUCUGGAUCCAGAAACAGGCAAAGACAUGUCUCCUUAUGAUGCCUACCUGCAGGGCCUGAUCGACCGUACGCAGUACAUUAAUCUGCAGGAGCUGGAGUGCGACUGGGAGGAGAUCACUUCCAUGGGACCAGAAGGGGAGACAUCUGUGCUGCAGGAUCGCAAGAGUGGAAAGCAGUACUCCAUCAAAAAUGCCCUGAAGGAGGGAAGGCUGACAGAGUAUGAUCUACAACAGUACAAAAAAGGCAAGCUUCCCAUCUCAGAGUUUGCCUUGCUGGUUGCAGGUGACAAUAAGAAGCAGCCCCAGUUCAACUCAAUCCCCUCAAAGUCCACCCCACCGGUGAAACAAGCUGCACCAGACAUGUCCACUGCUAAAGAAGGUCUCCCGAUUGCCGGAGUAGUGGAUACAAUGACUGACUCCUGCUUUACAAUACGGAGUGCCGCCAUGCGUAAACUGAUCGACUCCGCCACUGCCCAAAGGCUUUUGGAGGCUCAGGCAGCAACGGGUGGCAUCAUUGACAUCCACAGCAAAGAGAGAUACACAGUUCACAAGGCAGCAAGCAGAGGCCUCAUUGAAGACAGUCAGCUUCAGCGGCUUCUCAAUGCGCAAAAGGCUUUCGCAGGAGUCGAAGACCCCAUGACCAGAGAGUGUUUGUCUGUGGGAGAAGCUGUUCAGAAGGGCUGGAUGCCGAAGGAAACUGCCACUCGCUACAUGGAGGCCCAGCACCUGACCGGAGGGCUGGUCAACCCCAAAACUGGUCGCAGAGUCAGCAUCAUGGAUGCCAUUGGGUCCAAAAUGAUCGACAGCACGAUGAUGCGCGAGCUGCAAGCUGAGACCGUCUACCCCAAAGAUAUUACUGACCCAAUUACAAAGGAGAGGAUCAGCUACAAACAAGCUCUGGAUCGCUGUAGGACAGACCCAAUGUCAGGCUUACCGAUGCUGCCGGCCUCCUCCAGAGAAUCUGGUUACACUUCUAGGUAUUCAAGAUUCUAGAUGCUUUUACUGUUUGGAGUUAUCUGGUCUGUGGAGUGCUGUGAUAAAAUAAAAUAAAAAAAAUGUACUAUUAGAUAUGGGAAACCCAUAUGAAAUCCAUACAUUAUUUACAAUGUACAUUUUGACUCAGGAAAAGUCUUCUACUGCAAAACUUUCUGUCUCGCCAAAAUGAUUGCUGCUGAGUUGCAUUUGUUUACCAAACAUGUCUGAUGUGGGCAGAUGUUCUUUUUUGAUUUAAUUUAAAAAAAAAAAAAAAAAAAACAGAGUAUAAAUGCAGUUUAUCUUUGAUAUUAUUGUGUUAUUAGGGAUACUGGGACAUGGUGCAAUGCUGUUUGCCAAGAUUGAUUUGAUUCUGUAUUACUCAUGGGCUGUCCUUGACACUGUUCACUUUGAACUCAAUCUUGUUUGAUACUUUAUGAAGAAACAAAUAUCAAUAAAUUUAAAUUAUAAUA